CAUAAAGCAUUGCUCGGCCGCUCCGCUGGAGCACCGUGGCCCAUACGGAACCUUCGUUACGUUGCAUACCCAAGUCAACCCGCAUAGUGCAUCGCUAUCAAAGGUUUUAGCUGCAAAGUAACAAUCGCGGUGGCGGAAGGCAAGGGAUCAGGAGGUUCUGUGGAAAAUGCGGGUGCCAACUCUGCCCUCGCGCACGGGAAGCUCUCUGGAGCAGCUGUUGCGGAGGCAUUUUGCAACAGCGCGCACACACACCGCUGCAGAUGAGACAGCGCGUGCGUUCGGCCGCGGCGCGGGCAUUCCGGGGGGCGGCGGCCCGCUGCCGCCCAACUUCGGGCGGCCGGAGCUGUCGGCGGGGCGCCGCGCCGCCGCCACCUUCUUUCGCGUGUUCCUGCCCGUCAGCGGGGCAGCCAUGAUGUACUACGCCUACACAAACCCCGACAAGGAGGCUCUGGUGGGCAAGCGCUACCCGCCCGAGCUGCAGUACCUGGCGGCGCAGCAGACGCCCAACACCGACACGCUGGUCAACUGGAGCGGCACACAUGAGGCCACGCCGCCCCGCCUGUUCCAGCCCGAGAGCGAGUCGGAGGUGGAGGCCUUCCUGCGCGUGGCGGCGCGGCGCGGCGAGCGGCUGCGGCCUGCGGGCAGCGGGCUGAGCCCCAACGGCGCGGCGCUGAGCGGCGAGGGCGUGCUGGCGCUGGGCGGCAUGGACCAGCUGGUCAGCGUGGACAAGGCCAAGAUGCAGGUGACGGUGCAGGCGGGUGUGCGGGUGCAGCAGCUGGCAGACCUGCUGGCGCCACACGGCCUCACGCUGCAGAACUACGCCUCCAUUCGGGAGCAGCAGAUCGGCGGCCUGACGCAGGUGGGCGCGCACGGCAACGGCGCCCGCAUCCCGCCCUGUGACGAGCAAGUGGUGGCGCUGCGGCUGGCCACGCCGGGGCUGGGCGUCAUCAGCCUCAGCGAGCAGGAGGAGCCGGAGCUCUUCAGGCUGGCGCGUGUGAGCUUUGGUAGUUUGGGCGUGCUGACGCAGGCCACGCUGCGUGUGGUGCGGCGCCACCAGCUCAUAGAGCGCACCUUCACCGCCUCCCCCGCCGAGGUGAAGCGCAACCACGUGCGCUGGCUGCAGGAGAACAAACACAUCAAGUACUUGUACAUUCCCUACACGGACACGGUGGUGGUGGUCACCGCCAACCCGCCCGCCAGCCCGCAGCAGCUGGAGGCGGCGCAGCAGCAGCAGGCGGCGCCGGCGGUGGCGCCGGAGCAGCGCACGGAGGCGCUCAGGAAGCUGUAUGCCUCGGUGGCGGGCUCGGCCGCCGACCCCGACCCGGGGGCCGGCAUGGGCGCCACGGCGCUGCGGGACGUGCUUCUGGCGGCGGGGCCGGGGCCGCUCGACGCGGCGUGGGUGGCGCAGGUGAAUGCGGCGGAGGCGGACUACUGGCGGCGCGCCACGGGCACCCGCGUGGGCUGGAGCGACCAAAUCCUGGGCUUCGACUGCGGCGGACAGCAGUGGGUGCUGGAGGUGGCGUUCCAGGUGGCUCCCUCGCUGGACGCGCUCAAGCCCGGGGCACAGACCCGCGACCUGCAGUUCAUGGAUGACCUGCUGGCGGAGAUCAAGAAGAACAAGAUCGCCGCGGCCUCCCCGCUGGAGGUGCGGUGGACCAGCGGCAGCAGCUCGUCGCUCAGCCCCGCUGCCGGCACCCCCCACAGCCUGCACUGCUGGGUGGGCGUCAUUAUGUACCUGCCGCCCGAGCCGGAGAAGAGGGCGGCGGUCACGGACGCCUUCCGUGCCUACACGCGCAUCGUGGAGACGCGGCUCAUGCCCAAGUACAACGCCGCCUGGCACUGGGCCAAGCUGGAGGCGGGCGCCGCCAGCGGCCGACCCGAGGCCGAGAUGGCGGCCGUGGUGCGGCCGCGGCUGGCGGCGCGCUACGGGCCGGCCCUGGCGGCGUUGAAGCGCUACCGCGCGGUUUUGGAUCCGGCGGGCACGUGCGGGAGCGACUGGACGGAUGCGGUGAUUGGGCCGGCGCCGCAGCAGGGCAAGCCGCAGGGCGUGGAGGCGGGCAAGGGGGAGGGAGCGGAGAAGUAGGCAGGGGGCUGGGUAAGGGAGGGGGACGGGGGCGAAAGGAGGGGAGGGGAGGGAGGGUGUGUGGCUUACUAGGUGCGUCUGUGGCCAGGGUGGUAAUAGCGGCGUGGCGGGCAUUGGCGGGAUGCGCGUGUGUCAACCUACCGUAUAGACAUUAGAGAGCCCCCUCGGCCCCGCCCUUUGCGUUCGUCGCAUUUCUUCGUAUUCCGACGAGAGCCGGCAGGAAUUGUACGACACUACUACUGGGCUCAGCAGAGGCGUGUGGGGGCGGUGUGUGCGCCCGGCAGGCGCGUGUGUGGCCGUGCGUGUGGAUUGAGCGCGAGCGCUCGUCGAGGCCGAGGCCAAGGCACCAACGUGCCGGUUAUCGGGACUGGUCUGGUGCUGGUCUGGCCCCUGGCCCCUGGGGCGGCGGAAUGGGGGCCGUGCGAGGUCUGGUGUUGUCAUGCGGUGUGCCAUGGGCGCCCCUACCUGUGCACGGACGCAACCCACCAAAGCGGCAAAGCUGGUCCUCACUCCUCACCCCCAUCUGUGGGGGGCGCGGUUGAGAUACGAGCACUGGACAUACUACCACAUUACACCGCUAUUUAUACUAUACU